GGUAGAACACGUGACACCUUUGGAAUGUUAACAAUGCAGUAAGUGUCCAACUUUGUACUGCAUUCUAAUUCUGCCGAGAGUGGGGAGAAAAUGGAGUCUUAUCUUAUGAUAUCCCUUGUGUGUCCUCCAUAACUGACGAAAACGGGAUUUAAUGUAUUCUUCCUUGGGUUUAUGAACAAGUCGAAUUCAAGAUAGCUCGGAGUGUAUCGGCUGUUUAAACUUUUCUUGGAUUUACAUUCUUCUCCCACUUCUCUCACAUGGAGGUGAUGGGUAAAGCAUAGUAGAUGGACUUGGCCUAAUCCCCACCACUGUGAGAGGGGAGGUUGGGGACUGUGUAAAAGGCUAGCUUUAGUACAGGAUGUGUCACACUGUGUCUCUGAGGCAAUGAUGUGCACCAGGAUGGAGUGGAGCGAGGCCGUCCUUCUGACCCCCCAUAAGACUUGGGACGAGGGGGAACGUGACCCGUAAACUGGGGGGUCGGAACGAUGGCAUCCGAGUAGCUUAGCUUAGCGUAGGUUAGCAUAGCAUAGAGUAGCGUUUGUUAGGACCAACCAAGAACUAACCAAGAUAGGCCCCAGCAGAGAGUGAGACACCAGGACUUGUGCUCUAAUCUCUUCUCAGAUCUAUCCCACUGGUGUGUGUGUGUGUGUGUGUGUGUGUGUGUGUGUGUGUGUGUGUGUGUGUUUAUCUAUUUAGGUCAAACAGCUCAAAAGCCCAGCAGAGAGAGAGAGUGUGUGUGUGUGGGUAUGUGCAUGAGUGUGUUUGUGUGUGAAAAAUGUGUUUUUGAGUGGUGUGUGUGUGAUUGAGUGAGUAAAGUCUGUGUGUGUUUGUGAGACGUGUUCUCACUUGACUCCCAUAGCUUUCGUUGGCAUUCUUGCCGAUUGCUAGAUUAGAGCAGACUUACUCCUAUAUCCAAAGACUAUGAGGCCCAAGACCUUUCCUGCCGCCCCGUACGUGGGCAACACGCGGCAACGCCUGCAGGAGAUCAAGGAGGGCCUGAAGCAACCAGCCAAGCUGGUGAGCCAGGCACUGCUCGGGGGCAGCUCCAGGGGCGAGGGGGGCCGGGGGGGCGACUGCAAGGGGAGCAAGGACAGCAAGGACCCUGGGAGCCGGCAGCAGCAGCUCCGCCAGCCGCAGAAGUUCAACAACUACCAGAACGCUCUGCGCGAGAUCCGCAAGUCCCUCAUGCCCUUCGCCAAUGACCCCAUCGGAGACGUCAACAGGCAGAUGCUGCAAGAGCUGGUCAACGCAGGCUGUGACCAGGAAAUGGCGGUGCGUGCGCUGAAACAAACAGGAAGCCGAAACCUUGAGGCGGCCCUGGAUUACAUCAGUAAGAUGGGCUACCUGGACCCUCGCAAUGAACGCAUCGUCCACGUCAUCAAACAAACCUCUCCGGGAAAAGGAGGCAUGCCGAACUCCAUGGACCACAGGCCCUCGAUUGAGGGAAGCGGCGAUGGUUCUAUGGCGCCGUAUCACCAGAUGGGAGCGCCAAUGUAUGAGGGGGCGCCAUACGGAGCAGAGGGUGACAUGCCCCGGCCUUACAUGGGUGGCCCCCCUGUCAUGAACUACAUGAUGCCCCCAUCCAGCUCUGCCCAGGGGUCGGCCAUGGGCAACCCCAUGGGGCGCCCGCCCAGUAUGGGAGCAUACCCACCUGGGAUGCCCCCUCAGAACGGCCCAGGAAACCCCAUGUACCCUCCGGGUCCUGCCCAGCAGAAGCCAUACCCAGGCAGCAUAGAGCCGCCCAUGAUGAGCUACGCUGUGCCUGGACAGCCCUUGCAGAUCCAGCCUCAGCAGCCAGGGGGCCCCGGUCCCGGCCCACACUACGACUACGGUCACGGCAGGCCCCACAUGAUGGAGACCUCGGGCUACCCGGUGCAGAGGAGCGCCUCCUUCCAGAACAAGAUGCCCACGAUGGCGCCACCGGACAACUACGUCAAUAUGCAGGGCAAAGGGGCCAUGGGUGGCCAGAAUGGGGGCGGCGGGUACCCUACCAACCUCUACCUGCCGCCUCACUCCCAUCCACGCCAGUCCAGCCCGACCUCUCACCAGGUCCACAUGAUGUCCCGCUCGCCUGGAGGGGCGGCCGCAGCCGGCGCCAUGGGGCCAGACUUCUCUGACCUCCCCCAGGGUCUCCUGACGCCCUCCAGGGCCAGCCUGAACCUGGACCUGUACGAGCACGUGUGGAGUGGACCCCCAGGACCGGAUGGGGGGGGCCCACCUUCGGCCAGGCAGUCUCAGCCGCAGGGUCCCUUCCGGGGGGAGGUCCGCGUGCCUAGCCGCACCAACUCCUUCAACAACCACCAGAAGGUGAACGUCAGGCAGGCCAUGCCUGCGCCAAAUGGAGUCUCUGGGGGUAAACAGGACUCCAACAUGGCUCCCAACACCAUUACCGCCGUGACCUCUCCCCCGAUUCAGCAACCCGUGAAGAGCAUCCGGGUCAUGAGGCCGGAGCCCAAGACAGCAGUGGGUCCGUGCCACCCCAGCUGGCUGGCCGCCCAGAACCAGGAUGGGGCUGAGGCGCAUGGGUACAUGACGGACGACUCUUACGCCCGGGAGUCCGCCCAGGAACCCCGCUGCCCCCCUCCGCCGUACCCCAAAACCCUGCUCGCGUCUGGGGCAGGGGCCGAGCAGGCAUCCCUAGAGGGAGCCGCCAUGUGUGGAGCCCCAGAGCUCCCUAACCAGGGCAGGGCCAUCCAGAGUGGACCCCCCGUGGCGGGGAAGGCAGAGGAGACCCACUCCAAAGAGAAGGGGAAGUCCGGGAAAGGGGAGAAGGCCGUGAAGGACAAGAAGCAGAUCCAGACCUCGCCGGUGCCGGUGAGGAAGAAUGCUCGCGACGAGGAGAAGAGGGAGUCGCGCAUCAAGAGCUACUCGCCCUUCGCCUUUAAGUUCUACAUGGAGCAACACGUGGAGAACGUGAUGAAGACCCACCAGCAGAAGCUCAACCGCAGGCUGCAGCUGGAGCAGGAGAUGUCCAAGGCUGGCCUAUCAGAAGCCGAGCAGGAGCAGAUGAGGAAGAUGCUCAACCAGAAGGAGUCCAACUACAACCGCCUGCGCCGGGCCAAGAUGGACAAGUCCAUGUUCGUCAAGAUCAAGACCCUCGGCAUCGGCGCCUUCGGGGAGGUCUGCCUGACCCGGAAAGUCGACACCGGCGCGCUCUACGCCAUGAAGACCCUCCGCAAGAAAGACGUGCUCAACCGCAACCAGGUGGCCCACGUCAAGGCCGAGCGGGACAUCCUGGCCGAGGCGGACAACGAGUGGGUGGUGCGGCUGUACUACUCCUUCCAGGACAAGGACAGCCUGUACUUCGUGAUGGACUACAUCCCCGGCGGGGACAUGAUGAGCCUGCUGAUCCGCAUGGGCGUGUUCCCCGAGGCGCUGGCGCACUUCUACAUCGCCGAGCUGACCCUGGCCAUCGAGAGCGUGCACAAGAUGGGCUUCAUCCACCGCGACAUCAAGCCCGACAACAUCCUCAUCGACUUGGACGGACACAUCAAGCUCACCGACUUCGGCCUCUGCACCGGCUUCCGAUGGACACACAACUCCAAGUACUACCAGAAAGGAAACCACGUGAGGCAGGACAGCAUGGAGCCCAGUGACUUCUGGGACGAUGUGUCGAACUGUCGCUGUGGCGACCGGCUGAUGUCGAUGGAGCAGCAGGCGACGCGUCAGCACCAGCGCUGCCUGGCUCACUCUCUGGUGGGCACGCCCAACUACAUCGCUCCCGAGGUGCUGUUGCGCAAAGGAUAUACCCAGCUGUGUGACUGGUGGAGUGUGGGCGUGAUUCUGUUUGAGAUGCUGGUGGGACAGCCACCGUUCCUCGCUCCUACUCCUACAGAGACCCAGAUUAAGGUGAUCAACUGGGAGAGUACGCUGCAGGUGCCCCCUCAGGUGAAGCUCAGCCCCGAGGCCGUGGACAUCAUCAGCCGCCUGUGCUGCUCGGCCGAGGACCGGCUGGGGUCUAACGGCGCCGGCGAGAUCAAGGCCCACCCCUUCUUCAACCAGAUGGACUUCUCCAGCAACCUCCGCCAGCAGCCGGCGCCCUACCGGCCCAAGAUCUCCCACCCCAUGGACACGUCGAACUUUGACCCUGUGGAGGAGGAGGGCGGCCCCGGCGCGUGGAGCAACAGUGGCGACGACUCCCGGGGGGUCUACGACCUGCUCUACCCCCCCCACAGCAAACACCCGGAGCACGCCUUCUACGAGUUCACCUUCCGACGCUUCUUCGACGACAACGGCUGCCCUUUCCGUUACCCCAAGCCCCUGGAGGAGUCUCACGGGGGUCACUCGAGCGCAGGGGGCGGAGGGGGCGCAGCAGCAGCGACCAGAGGAGUCGGGCCCCAAGAGGAGACGGAAGGAGAGGAGGAGGACGAUGAAGAUGACGAGGACGAGGAGGAAGAAGAGCACGGAGAGGGGUGUGAGCCUGUGUAUGUUUAGAGACGCUCUAGGAACGCAGCGCCAUCAAAGGCCUUCACCUCCUCAUGAUCAUCCUACACCCUUCACCUCCUCAUGAUCGUCCUACACCCUUCACCUCCUCAUUAUCGUCCUACACCCUUCCCUACCAUUGUUUUGUCAGGAACGGGUGUGGCUUUUUUUUGUGUGCGUGUGUGUGCGAGUGCGUGUGUUUGUGUUCUGUGUUCGAGAUGGGUAGAGACAGACAGAAAGAAAGAGAAAAUCAGGAAAUGGAGAGGGAGAGAGAGAGCGCGGGAGGAAGAGACUAUCGGACCAUUCUGACGUUCAUUUCAUACCUUCAUCAAUAGCACCAUACCUGUGACACAGACAUGACACCUGGGACCAAAAAAAGUGCAAUUCAGAAGCAGCAGACAAAAAAAUAUGCUAACUGAACUUGCACAUAAGCACAGUUUCACAAAAAUCAGGUCAUUAGUGUGAAAGGUCAGCUUUUCCAGCCGGGGUGGGGGAGGGUAAAGAGGUGGGGGGUGAAAACAUGAGAAGAACAUUCUAUGGCAGAAACACCACACAGAACCUCUGGACUUGGACCUUACUGGUGACUGGUUCUGCACACACAUCAGGGACAGUGUUGACCGUGACCUUAGUCGCCUUGUCCAAACGUGGAUCACAGCCUGGGAAGGCCACUUUCAACAAGCCUCCGAAGGAACCUCCGAAGGAACCUCUGAAGGAACCUCUGAAGGAACCUCCAAAGGAAUCUCCAAAGGACGUUUUAAAGUGCACCCAGAACCACUCCCUCAUCUUCUCCUGUUGUCGAUGACCGUUCCUGAUGCAGCCAUUCCAAAAUAGUGGAAGAGUAACUGUGAUGAGGAGAGUCAGAGAGGAAUGAACAUGGGGUCGGAAUGGGAGGAUGGGAGUUGUUUUAUUUUUUGUUUUCCAUUGUUAAUACCUCGUCCCAUUGACGUAGGCAGAAACUGAUGGGUUGAUCCAGAUCUUGCACAGCUGAAUCUACCAAAUACAAACAUACACACACACACAUACACAAACACAUAAGCAUACACACACAUACAUACACACAUACUUACACACAUACUUACAUAUACAAAUACAUCUUUCUAUGUACACAUGGUGCAUAGUACCAUCAUUGUUAGGCAGUAAAAGCCAUUAAUGUUUGGCAGUGUUAUGUUAACAUUGCUUCUGAAUUGUUUUGACGUUCCCAAAGGAAAUGGUUUCAAGUCACUGAGUAAUACUGCAGCCAGAAGACCUAGUACGAUUGAGGUCACUUUUCUUUGGCCUGUUAAAAUAUUUGUGGCUUUGAAAUGCCAGAUAUUUUGAAUGUUUGUUUGACGCCCUCUAGUGGACAAGAGUCAUCAUUUUGUACAGGUGGCUGACAUUUGACUCCCACUGGAUGUGUAUUUGCGAGCAAAACAAAACCUCAGAUGAAAGACUGUCACUCAGUAUGUGUUGUUUUGAUGUGCAGUCUCCAUUUUAAGGUCAAAUGGUAUUCACAAAGAAACCAAACGGAAUCAUUGCGUUCAACACUUCCCUUAACUGAAAACAUUUUUUUAUUUUGCCACAUAGGCCUAUCACAGAAAACCAUCAUUUCCACAUAGGUGGAGUUUCACAGAAUUGUUUAUUCUAUUUUUAGGUCACUGUUAUUUCUACUCUCAUCUGUCUGAGUUUCUAGUUUCUCUCAACUUCACAGGUCACACUCAGUGUUGGCCCUUUAUUAAAAAUGCUUUUGCAUAAACGCUGAGGAUUACACUAAUAAUUGGCCUCAUAAACACUCAUAAACCUGACACGGUUAGAAAGCCUGUCUCACUCAACCCUGUACAAGUUUGACAUCGCAAGCACCGUUAUACCACAGCAGGCCUUGGUUAGCAUGCUAACCCCCUUAGGCUAAAGCUUUCAUCCUCACUAUGACAGUAUUAAGGAUGGGAGGUGCAGUUAUCCAACUGCCAAUAGAGAACUCCUCUAUCUCUUUAAUCAGGCAGUCAUAAAAAAUAAGAUGAAACCAAUCAAAAGCAGACAAAGAGUUUCUGAAAUCGUAUGUGAUGGUAUGACUAUGUGCAAUACAGAUAAGAAAAACAAUAUAUUAUAUAGUUUUCUAAACACAUCAAAUAUCCUUUUUUUGAACGUUUAAUACUGAAAUACAAUAUGUACAAAUAUAUAUUAUAUUGGUUUUAUAUAUUUUCAAUGUAGUUACAUGACCCAAUGCUGCUUAUUACUUGUUAUUAAUAUUAUUAUUGACAUUAUCAUCAUUACUUCAUGUUACUCUUGUUUCUCCUUUCUUUCUGUGUGUGUGUGUGUGUGUGUACAAAAGUGGGGAUUUAAUUGGCGGUAUGCGUGGGAUGGGAUGUGACAGAGAGUGUGCCUUCUCAAUGAAUGUCUGGUGUGUGUGCGUGUCUUACCACAUGACGAUCAGUAUUUGAACAAAGAUGGAAACUCCUCGCAAACCAGGCCGGCCCUGCUUGCGUGAGAGGAAGUGAGAGAGAGAGGCUGAUAGAGAGAAAUCAAAAGAGAAGGGAAGAAGGAGAGAGGAAUAGAAUUGUUAGGGAGCAUGGCAGCCUAGGAUCACUUAGUGUAUCAGGCCUGUAUGACUAUUUUAAUUUUUGUUUUGUUUUUGCAUAUAUACUUUUCUUUCUUGACAAAACCAUUAAACCAGAUGUGGCCACAUGUUUUAAACUCUUUUCCCCAAGUCAUGUUUUUAACUGUUGAAAAUGUUUUCAGUGAACAAGAGCACAUUCUUCAAGUUUUAUUUAGGUUUGCAUGGUGAUGACUCCAAAGCUUGUUGACAAUCAUCAGUGCACUUUGCACACUGUCCGAUGCGUCACAACAGAUUAACGGCCAAUAAUAUUGAUCUUGUAUUCUCCACAACAACUGGCACACUGACUCCUAUGGGCAGAAAAAAAACCACAAGCCAAGCCAUUUCUGCCUGUUGCUUAACCCCCCCUAUCUGUACAAACAUGUAUUUUGGACAAAGUAAGCGCUUAAGGUGCGUAACAAACAAAACCAGGUUGCUAUUAGUCCCUUGCUCAUGAUCAAUAAGACAAAAUCUAUUUUUUUGGGAACAAAAUGCUUUUCUCUGACUUAAAGUUUCUCCCAGUCAGCCAUUCUCUUGUUUAGGGCUGAGGGCGAGUAUGGGAAUAGUGCUUACCCAGCUGCCAUUCAUCAUGGCGGAUUAAUUGGUGGAAAAAACAACAAUAACAACAGCAAAGCUUUAUGAAAGUGAUUCUCCUUAGUGAGUCGGGUCUAUGGAACGUGUGUGAGUGUGCGUCUGUUGGCGUGAGUUUGUGUGUGGUUGUGUGUUUUUGACGGAUGGGUUUCUUGUAAUUUACUUUUUGAAAGUGUUGACAAUCUAUGACUGACUUGACAUCUUCCUUCUGUUUGAUUUUGGUUUUUCCUACUUUGUGUACCUUUUUGUAUUUUUAUCCUGGGGUGGGACUGCUCUAUGACUCAUCUGGUCUUCCUUAAUGUAUUAUACCACACUGUUACUCUUGAAUAUAUAUUUAUACAGAUAUACAUAUUUUUUGUAUCUUAUUCUUUUUUUUCCUUUUCCUAAGCUAACCUUUAAACCUCCAUGUCUACAGUAUUACAUACAGCAUACAAUUUGAUUUAUAUUUCCUUUUUUACAUUUAUGUAUGAAUUGAGAAUUUGUAAAAAUGCUUUCACUGUCCUCACUGUGUAAAAUAUAUGUUUAAAUUAAAUUAAUAAAUCCUCA